GUUACAACUUAAAUAUUUAGCUCAAAAGGUGGUAUGCAAGAAAAAUCAGUAAAAUAAUUAAUUUUCUUUAUUUUUUUAAUAAAUUUAUUUCCUGAGACUCUUCCAUGAAGCCUGCCUUCAUGCAGCUUAUCGUGGUCCUGACCUGAUCCUCCAGUCUCUGCAGAGAUGUGCAUCUUCAUCUCUUCAGCACUGACCAGUCUGCAGUGGCGCCAUCUGCUGGUUGGCUCUGAUUACUGCUGCGUCACCUCCUGCGACCGUUUCCACGUGAGCGCUUCUGCUGUCACGUGACAGGACGACCGGAAAGGACCUGAUAUGUCCGUCCGGACCUCAGACAGACUGGUUUCAGUGGUUCGGACCACUUUAACGUGACGGUGAGAGGGACAAGAACCGAACCGAGCUCCUGUCAGAACCUUCUGAAGAUAAAUAAAAUGGCGCCUUGGUGUUUUCUCCUGGUUCUUGUAAUCAUCUCAGCAGAACCGAACCUCUGUUCAGGAAGCAGGAAGUGUGUUGGCAGACACUUCGGCCACAGCUCUGUGGUGUGUGAGUGUAACUCCACCUACUGUGACAGCAUCGGGUCGGUACCUCUGCCCCCGCUGGGUCAGUACUCCUCCUACCUGAGCAGCAUGGAGGGCAGCAGGCUGGAGGCCCGCCAGGGUCAGAUCCAGGUCCGGACCAACGGCUCUGCACCAGGCCUCAGGUUGACCAUGGACCCCGUCCAGAAGUACCAGAGGCUCCGGGGCUUCGGAGGAGCCAUGACGGACGCAGCAGCCAUCAACAUCCUGAGCCUGUCUGCUGGAGCUCAGGAGCAGCUGCUGCAGCAGUACUUCUCCAGUGAAGGGAUCGGUUACAGCGUGGUGCGCGUCCCCAUGGCCAGCUGCGACUUCUCCACGCGCCUCUACACCUACGCAGACACACCUGGCGACUACAACCUGGUCAACUUCACUUUGGCCCCGGAGGACGUGGACAUGAAGAUUCCUCUCCUGAAGCGAGCCCAGGCCAUGUCUCCUCAGCCCCUGCACCUGCUGGCCAGCGCUUGGAGCGCCCCCGCCUGGAUGAAGACAAACGGUGCGCUCGUAGGAAAAGGCUCUCUGAAGGGUCAGCCGGGGGGCAAGGAGCACAAAGCCUGGGCUCAGUACUACAUCAGGUUUCUGGAGGAAUAUGCUAAAUAUAACCUCACCUUCUGGGCGCUGACGACAGGAAAUGAGCCCUCUGCUGGACUAAUAACGAACUACAGCUUCCAGGCUCUGGGUUUCACCCCUGAGGAGCAGAGGGACUGGGUGGCUCUGGAUUUGGGUCCUGCCGUGCGCUCCUCAUCCUUCCCACAAACACACAUCCUCAUCCUGGACGACAACCGCCUGCUGCUGCCUUACUGGGCCACAGUGGUUCUCAGUGAUGUUCACGCAGCCCGCUACAUUCAUGGCGUGGCGGUCCACUGGUACUUGGACAGUUUCGUCCCCGCAGAGAUUAGUCUGGGCUCCACCCACCACCUGUACCCGGAGUACUACCUGUUCGGCACCGAGGCGUGCGCCGGCUGGAGCACGGGGGACAGAGGCGUGAAGCUGGGCAGCUGGGAGAGGGCGGAGCAGUACGCGCACGACAUCAUCCAGGUCUUCAGAUGUGAUCCAGUUUGAAGUCUGGGAUCCAGCUCUUGGUUACAUCCCCUGCACCGCUCCGGCUCGGUCGCUGCUCACACUGGCUUGGAACACACUGAACACACACUGACACACGAACACAUACUGACACAC